CAAUCAUACCAAGUGUGCAACACACUUUUUUACAGUGCAAUACAUUAUUUUUCUUCUCAAUUCUCAUAUACUUUUUAAGAUAUUUAUCAUUUGUGACAUUUUUAUUGUAUAUUUGUAAAUAGAGACUGUUUGUACUACCUUUAGGAUUUUUAAAGACUUUUAUUUUGCACCGUGUUUGCACUGAAAAGGAGAAGCUCUCCAAUCUCGUUGUACACUGUAUAAUGACAGUAAAGGACAUUCUAUUCUAAUCUAAUAAUAAAAAUCAGUGUCCAAAUGAUAUCUGCUACCACUUUUUGGCACAACACCGGAAAUGUGCUUUUAUUCUGACAGCCUCGUCUCCGUGCUUGCGGUGUUAUAUCCGGGUAACUCGAAGCUCCGGACCAUCGAUCCGUGUCUCGGGGCUCAGCUGAGCGUCCUGUCCAGGGCCAGUACGGAGCCAGAUCCGGGUUUCGGUGUUUUCCUUCGCUGUCAGACACCUUGAAACGAUCGCGGCCGUUUUUUUCCCCCCGGAGCUCAUCCGUUAACCGUCCGCAUUCCGGUUGGGUUGGAACGGGACCGGAGGACACGCGGGGCCGGGAGAACCGCCGCCUUGCGUCAAAGCGGCUAAAGCUAACCCGCGUUAGUCCGGUCACCGGCCACGUUCCCCCGGUGGCUAACCGGCCAGCACACCGGUUAUUCUUGGCUCGGUCGCUGCCGUAUACAUGCUCCGUGUCCGCCGUGGGAGCCUCACCGACGCCUGUGUCAGCGGCGGCGGCUACUGAGCUAGCUAACUGGGGCUCCGGUACCGGCGGAACCGAACCGCUCAGUUUCACAGCUUAAAAAAAUAAAAUUAAAAAAAAAAAAAAAAAAAAAAAACACCGCGAGGGGAUUUCGGUUAAUUGCGUAACACCGGAGCCGUAUGAGGCCCAGCUGACGACAUGGACCUGAAUUUCUACUCGGAUUUAACGGACGGAACCGGACAGCACGACGGGGACCCGGAGUUCCUGGACCCGCAGUCCUUUAACGGCUUCGACUCGGACAACAAGUUCCCUGGAGGCAGCGACAACUACCUGACGAUCUCUGGGUCUGGUCAUCCCUUCCUCUCCUCCUCAGAGCGUUCCACUAAACCCAUUGACCUCUUCAACCUCGCUGGAUCCGCUGGUGGAACGUUCCACACACCCAGCCUCGGCGAUGAAGAGUUCGAGAUCCCUCCCAUCUCUCUGGACCCAGACUCGGCCCUCACCGUGUCUGACGUGGUGUCCCAUUUUGGGGAGCUGUCGGACACCGGCCCCUCCGACAGUGUGGUGGUACCUGGGAAUGCCGUCGUGGAAGGGGAUGAUCCCUCCUUCGCCUCCACCUUCGUCAGCGCUCCAUCGCAGGGGCUCGAACACUUGAGUCUGGGGGUCAUGAACCAGUCGGCAGGAAGCGCUCUGUUGGGAUCAUCACUGGGGAUGGAUCUCGGUCACCCCAUUGGCUCUCAGUUCAGCAGCUCAUCCCCGGUAACCAUUGAUGUCAGUGACAUGGGCCAGAGCUUACUGGGGUCCAACCAGCUGACCACUAUUGACCAAUCAGAGCUCAGCGCUCAACUGGGACUCGGCCUGGGAGGUGGGAACAUACUGCAGCGACCCCAGUCCCCCGAAAACCCUUUGUCAGCAACAGCGUCACCCACCAGCUCACUACAGGACGACGACAUGGACGACUUUAGGAGGAGUGUCCUCGUUGAGUCUCCAGUCUCUCUGGCCGUCUCCCCCGGCGUCAUCUCCCUGGACCCCUCCCUGUCCGAGGCUCCUCUGUCAGCCCCGACAUCCAGCGCCUCCUCCGCGGUCGGACGGAAAGGAGGUGCAGGAGGAGGCAAGAAGGGCAAGAAGAAGAAAGACCCCAACGAGCCUCAGAAACCUGUGUCGGCCUACGCUUUGUUCUUCAGGGACACACAGGCGGCUAUCAAGGGCCAGAAUCCCAACGCUACAUUUGGAGAAGUUUCGAAGAUAGUGGCCUCGAUGUGGGACAGUCUGGGGGAGGAACAGAAACAGGUUUACAAGAGGAAAAAUGAAGCGGCAAAGAAGGAUUACUUGAAGGCCCUGGCAGAGUACCGGGACGGCCAGAGUUCUCAGGCUCCCAUUGAGGUGAUGGACACAUCCCCAUCGCCUCCUCCUCCACCUCCUGCCAUCACCGCCUCACCAGCCGCCGCCCCCGCCGCUCGCCCCACCAGGUCCCAGCACUACAACCCUGAGGAGAACACCAUCACCAAUAUCUGCACCUCCAACAUCAUCCUGGACCUGCCUCAGGUCACCACACGCUCCCGCACUGGCGCCAUCAAGCCCCAGCCUCCACCCGCCGCCCCCAACCCCCCCACUGUCACCAAGAUCAUCAUCAAGCAGACGCCGCUGCCCUCCGGCGGCGUGUCCGUCACGGCGACGCCCGCCUCCUCGCCACGUCAGCCGCCGCCCCUGCAGCAGAUGCAGAGCACGCCGCCUCCGCCUCGGCUGCAGCAGAUGGUCCACGCCCAGGCUCCGCCUCCUCUGCAGGCCAAGCCUCGAGGCGGAGGCGCCGCCGCCACCACCGCUCCUCCUCCGCUGCAGAUUAAGGUCGUCCCGUCGUCGCGGCAGUCGGAUUCCAGCGCGCCGAUCAUCGUGACGUCGGCCGGCGAAGGGACAACAUCGUCGUCGUCCUCGGCUCUGAAGGUGGAGGUGGGACAGACGGCGGCCGUGGUGGCGGCCGGAGAGGAAGUAGCAGAAGGAGAGGACGGGAUGCAGGUGGAGGUGACCGUCGCUCCGGGUCCCAGUGUGACUCCGGCUUCAAACCCCAACAUCUGUGUUCGUGCCGGCUGCACCAAUCCGGCCGUGGAGAGCAAAGACUGGGACAAGGAGUACUGUAGCAACGAGUGUGUUGCCACACACUGCAGAGACGUCUUCAUGGCCUGGUGCGCCAUCCGAGGACAGAAGUCCACCACGGUCACAUAGGGAAGGACGGCAGAGACUAGAGGACAAAAACUAGACGUGAAAAUCAAACGAACAGAGAGAACGACUCGGCUCGUGAUGGUUUGUUUUAUCGCGUCGCCUCGGGGACAAAGACAGGAAAGUAUUUAACGUCGUGGUAAUUUAUUUUCCUGUGGUUCUCUCCCUGCACAAAUGACUCUCCAGCAGAAUAAAACGAAAUCCUACAGACGGCUGAAUAAAAACACUGAAGAAGAAACCUCCACACAUUUCCUCUCGGUCAUGGAUCACGAAUUUAACGUAUGGAAUUGUUUAAAAAAAACAAAAAAGAUCAUUUUAUAUGGACUCAUGGUGUUUUUAAUUGUUUUGAGAAGUUUCUUGCCGACGUGUUCAGUUUAUUUUAUUCAUUUCAAAACCUUCAACUCCACACGUUCUUCCCUUUACUGUUACAGCGAUUAAUGUGAACCAAGUCUGAACGUUCUUCUGCGAUCUGUGGCGACUCUGGAAAAGACCCAACGAAGCACAAACAGUCUUAAAGCGCAAGAAGCCAUUUUGAUGAAUCCGCCAUCACCUUCAAAAGCCACUUUAGUCGAAGAGAAACCCUCUAAAUGGACGGUUUUUACGCUCCGAACAGGUGCUAAGAUUCAGGAAAAACAAAUGUUGUCGUCUGUUGUCCUUUGAUGCUGAAGAGCUUCUGAACAUGUGGUGCAGAUUCUGCUUCGCGACGAAGACUUGUGGUGAAAAUUUCAGUUUUUUGAGAAUUUAAAAAAGAUAUAUACUGGAAUGAAACGAACACACCAGCUCUGAUGAACACUACUUACUGUAAAGGGAAAGGGAAUACAGUAUAAAAGCUUUAUUUUUUAACACAAUGUCUGUUGAAUCAUGGCGGAAGGGAUGGUUGCUUCCAAAAAGAAAAAAAUAAAAGAACAAGACAGCG